UGACGUCACACCGUGACAGCGGCAGAAAUUCUGCGAGCACGUCCACGGAUUAUUUUGACAAGCGCAAAUACUGGAGCAUACACUUUCGUCGUUGAUUCGAGGGAUCUGUCAAUGGAGAGAAAAAAGAAACAGAAUUCAUGGACACCGGCUUUCAUCGUUUGAUCGCGUGUUCACCUAUGAUCUCGUCGGUAUAUUGAACCGUGGGAGAGAUACAUCUCGUUCGAUCGUCCCGUGCGUGUAACUGCCCUGAAUUAUGGCGCUGUCAAAUAUUUUACUGCUCAGCCAAAUAGCGGGCUACGUCGUGGCUCUUAUCCUGUCGCUCUGCAUCAUCGUGCCCAUGAGCCUGCAUCAGGAUGAGUUUAGGGGACACUGUCUUUUGUUCUCGACCGGAGUGUGGCGGGAGUCGGAUGGCCAGAUUGUGGUGAACUGGGCGUCGCAGGCGUACUGCAAUUACACGAUAUUCGUGGGCCUGGUGCUCCUCGUCACGUCGACAAUACAGAUCUACCGGCUGUCCCUGUUUAUGUACCGCAGCGAGGACAGCUCGUUUCUCUCCGCGUUCGUAGACGUUGUGACCUCCGUCAUUCUCACCACCGUCACCCUGAUCGCGGCGAUUAUCGUAACCCUGGGUUUCAUGACGUGGUGCCAGUGUAUGACCAAGAGAUUCCCGUCAUGCGAAUUAGCGGCCGGGAAUGACAUCGACAAGACCGACGGUAUCGACACGUCGGGCUUUCACAUCGAACUUGGCGCUGCCCAAUUCGGCAUUUGGAGCAGCUUGUCGAUUUGGGUCGGCCUGUCGGUUUUUGCUGUUCUAAAACUGUUGAGGUACCAUCAGCUGGAGAAUAUGAAAGUUUCCAUGUACAGAGAGAGGCAGAGAUUGAUAGAGGCUACAAGUAAUCAGCAGGAGCCGAGUUAAAAGUCGGUUAAAGUUUAAUAUUUUGUUUCUCAGGCUGAGUUUGAUAAUAUAUAUAUAUACACACGUUAAUUUGCAAGAACGAGAUAUAAAUCUCAAAGGAUAUAAAUUGGAUGUGAAAUUUGUUAAUCUUAAAAGCGCACAAAGUUACUGCGAGCCCAGUAAUAUAUUGAUAUGAACAUACUAUUCGCUGUGCUCAGAGCCAAUCGAUUUUAUAAAAAGUAUAAGUCUUUUUAACUGAAAGGUCAGCGUAUAGCAAAAUAUUUUGAGAUUACAAAUUUAUUUAUAGCUCUUGUUUAUAACUAAAAAAAAAUUCUUUAAAAGCUUAGGCAUUAACGUUCGUUGUUUAAUUGAUUUUCUCUAAAUUUAGGUAUUAGGUAUUUAGGUAUAUGAGAUUUGUAUUGAAAAAAUAAUGUUAACAAUGUAUAUAUCACAAUAUAUUUCCACGUAUAAUAAACAGAUAAGUAUAAUUAUAUAGAAAUAUAGUAAAAGUAAUAGAUAUUAACAGUAGCUUCUUUUAUAUUUUUCUGAUUCUGAAUAUGUAUGUGAUUUAUAUAGACCCGUGAAUUUUAAGAUUAAGAUAUAUCUUUCCGAUUCUUAUAUAAGUAUAUAAUUUAUAAUAGUUAUUAAUUAAGAUUAACAGUAUAAAAUCAAAGAUACAUAUAUGUUAUUGAUGCCUACAUCAAAUUUUUGUUAUUUAAUGUUCUUUAAAUAUCUAUCUAUUAAAAACGCGUGUGUAAUUUUGUAUAUAAAUUAUAAUACGAAAUACAUAUAUCAAAGUUAUCCCGCAAAAAAAAAAAAA